AUGUACAGGGUUCCACGCCCUCUGUGGUUUCUGGCAUCCGCCGGGAUCUUGCAGGACAUCAGCUGCCGGGGAGGAGGACCCCGUGAUGGAGUUUUAACAUUGAAUGCGGAGAACACUAAUUAUGCCUAUCAAGUUCCAAACUUCCAUAAGUGUGAAAUCUGUCUGCUAUCUUUUCCAAAAGAGUCCCAGUUUCAACGCCACAUGAGGGAUCACGAGCGAAAUGACAAGCCACAUCGAUGUGACCAGUGCCCCCAAACAUUUAAUGUUGAAUUCAACCUGACACUUCAUAAAUGCACCCACAAUGGGGAAGACCCUACCUGUCCUGUGUGUAACAAGAAGUUCUCCAGAGUGGCUAGUCUCAAAGCGCAUAUUAUGCUGCAUGAAAAGGAAGAGAACCUCAUCUGCUCGGAGUGUGGGGAUGAGUUCACCCUGCAGAGCCAGCUGGCCAUCCACAUGGAGGAGCACCGCCAGGAGCUGGCCGGGAGCCGCGUGCACACCUGUAAGGCCUGUAGGAAGGAGUUUGAGACGUCAUCACAGCUGAAGGAGCACAUGAAGACUCAUUAUAAAAUUAGGGUGUCAAGUACAAGGUCGUACAAUCGGAACAUCGACAGGAGUGGAUUCACGUACUCGUGCCCACACUGUGGAAAGACGUUUCAAAAGCCAAGUCAGUUAACUCGGCAUAUUAGGAUACACACAGGUGAAAGGCCGUUUAAAUGCAGUGAAUGCGGGAAGGCUUUCAACCAGAAGGGGGCGUUGCAGACGCACAUGAUCAAGCACACAGGUGAAAAACCCCACGCCUGUGCCUUCUGUCCUGCCGCCUUUUCUCAGAAAGGGAAUCUGCAGUCACACGUGCAGAGAGUUCACUCGGAGGUCAAGAAUGGCCCUACCUAUAAUUGUACAGAAUGUAGUUGUGUAUUUAAAAGUUUGGGUAGCUUGAACACUCAUAUCAGCAAGAUGCAUAUGGGUGGACCACAGAAUCCAGCAAGUUCUGCAGAGACGGCGCAUGUGUUAACGGCCACACUGUUUCAGACGUUACCUCUCCAGCAGACGGAAGUCCACGUCACGUCCGCGUCGAGUCAGCAGAAUUCCCAGGCGGUGACCGAUGUCAUCCAGCAGCUCCUGGAGCUGUCCGAGCCGGGGCCGGCUGAGUCCAGCCAGCCCCCUCAGCCCGGCCAGCAGCUCAGCAUCACAGUGGGCAUCAACCAGGACAUUUUACAGCAAGCCUUAGAAAACAGUGGGCUGUCUUCAAUUCCAGCUGCAGCGCACGCUCACGACCCCAGCCACGCCAGGACGCCCUCCGCGCAGGGGCCCACCGCGGACACGCCUCACGCCUCAAGUGAGCCGCCCCCCCCCGCCGAUGCAGAGCCAGAAAAAGAACAAGAAAGCCCAGAGAAGUUGGAUAAAAAAGAAAAAAAAAUUCUAAAGAAGAAAUCGCCAUUUCUCCCUGGUUCGAUCCGCGAGGAGAACGGUGUCCGGUGGCACGUGUGUCCCUACUGCACCAAGGAGUUCCGGAAGCCGAGUGACCUGGUGCGCCACAUCCGCAUUCACACCCACGAGAAGCCCUUCAAGUGUCCGCAGUGUUUCCGGGCCUUUGCCGUAAAGAGCACCCUGACCGCGCACAUCAAGACCCACACGGGCAUCAAGGCAUUCAAGUGCCAGUACUGCAUGAAGAGCUUCUCCACAUCGGGGAGCCUCAAAGUGCACAUCCGCCUGCACACAGGAGUCAGACCUUUUGCUUGUCCUCACUGUGACAAAAAGUUUCGGACCUCAGGCCACAGGAAGACUCACAUUGCUUCUCACUUUAAACACACGGAGCUAAGGAAGAUGAGGCACCAGCGUAAACCGGCGAAGGUUCGAGUCGGCAAGACGAACGUUCCGGUCCCUGACAUUCCUUUGCAAGAGCCGAUUCUCAUAACUGACGUAGGUCUUAUCCAGCCCAUUCCAAGAAACCAGUUUUUUCAAAGUUAUUUUAAUAACAAUUUUGUAAACGAAGCAGACAGACCGUACAAGUGUUUUUACUGUCAUCGUGCAUAUAAAAAGUCUUGCCACCUUAAACAGCACAUCAGAUCACAUACAGGUGAAAAGCCUUUUAAAUGUUCUCAGUGUGGAAGAGGCUUUGUUUCUGCGGGAGUGCUCAAAGCACACGUCCGCACGCACACUGGAGUCAAGUCUUUCAAGUGUCUGAUAUGUAACGGGGCUUUCACUACUGGCGGUAGCCUACGGCGACACAUGGGUAUCCACAAUGACCUUCGUCCCUAUAUGUGUCCCUAUUGCCAGAAAACGUUUAAGACCUCGCUAAAUUGCAAAAAGCACAUGAAAACCCAUAGGUACGAGCUCGCCCAGCAGCUCCAGCAGCACCAGCAGCAUCAGCCAGCCGCCCCCCUGGACGACGGCACCGGGGACCAGCAGAGCGUGCACGCCCCGACGCACGUGCAGGUGGACAUCGAGAGUGAGGAGCUGCGGCGGGCGGCCGCGGACACCGCCAACCCCGAGGCCAUGCUAGACCUGGAGCCACAGCAGGUCGUGCGCACGGAGGACGCGGGGCUCGGCCAGCCGUUGACACACCAGCCUCUGGAAGCGGACGAAGAUGGGUUCGUGGCCCCGCCGCCCGCCCUGCCAGGGCCCGUGGACCAGUUUGAGGAACGGGCUCCAGCACAGUCCUUUGAGCCGGCUGGCUUGUCGCAGGGCUUCCCCGUGACGGAUCCGUAUGGUCAGCAGACCGCGUUCGCGCCCGUCCAGCAGCUGCAGGACUCGAGCACGCUGGAGUCUCAGGCCCUGUCCGCCAGCUUCCACCAGCAGAGCCUGCUCCCCGUGCCCGGCUCUGACGCCAUGAACGUGACAACUCGUUUGAUCCAAGAGUCGUCCCAAGAAGAACUGGAACUGCAGACCCCACGCCCCGAAUUCCUGGAGGCCGGGGAGGACCAGGGCCGGCGCUCCUACAGGUGUGAGUACUGCAACAAAGGCUUUAAGAAGUCCAGCCACCUGAAGCAGCACGUGCGGUCGCACACUGGGGAGAAGCCCUACAAGUGCAAGCUCUGUGGCCGUGGCUUCGUGUCCUCAGGCGUUCUCAAGUCUCACGAGAAGACCCACACAGGAGUGAAGGCGUUCAGCUGCAGUGUUUGCAACGCUUCGUUCACGACCAACGGCAGCCUCACCAGGCACAUGGCCACGCACAUGGGCAUGAAGCCCUAUAAGUGUCCGUUCUGCGAGCAGGGCUUCCGCACCACAGUCCACUGCAAGAAGCACAUGAAGAGGCACCAGGCGGCCCCCUCUGCCGCGCCAGCCCCGGGGGAGGCGGACGGAGGAGAUAUGUGUGUGGAGGAAGAGGAAGAAAAUCCCGAGAGAAACCCAUCUCGAAAGGCUCGUCCCGAGGUCAUCACCUUCACAGAGGAGGAGACGGCACAACUGGCCAAAAUUCGGCCGCAGGAAAGCGCGACGGUGUCGGAGCAGGUCCUGGUGCAGUCGGCGGCCGAGAAGGACCGCGUCAGCGAGAUGAAGGACAGACAGGCGGAGCUGGAGGCCGAGCCCAAGUUCGCCAACUGCUGCUCCUACUGCCCCAAGAGCUUCAAGAAGCCCAGUGACCUCGUGAGGCACGUGCGAAUCCACACUGGAGAAAAGCCAUAUAAAUGUGAUGAAUGUGGGAAGAGCUUUACUGUUAAAUCGACCCUAGACUGCCACGUGAAGACGCACACAGGUCAGAAGCUCUUCAGCUGUCACGUGUGCAGCAACGCCUUUUCCACAAAGGGGAGCCUGAAGGUGCACAUGCGCUUGCACACGGGAGCGAAGCCCUUCAAGUGUCCGCACUGUGAGCUGCGCUUCCGCACGUCCGGGCGGAGGAAGACGCACAUGCAGUUUCAUUAUAAACCCGACCCGAAGAAAGCCAGGAAGCCCGUGGCCCGAAGCCCGUCGGAGGCGCUGCAGCCCUUAAAUCUGCUCAGCCCGUCAUCCGCCGACCCCAGCGUGUUCGUCAUGAACAACUCUGUCCUGACGGGGCAGUUCGAGCAGAACGUGCUUCCGCAGGGGCUGGUGGGCCAGGCCAUCCUCCCUGCCUCCGUGUCGGCUGGUGGUGACUGGACAGUGUCUUUGACGGACGGGAGCUUGACCAGCCUGGAGGGCAUACAGUUACAGCUGGCUGCUAACUUAGUCGGGCCAAACGUCCAGAUCUCUGGAAUCGAUGCCUCCAGCAUUAACAACAUCACGUUACAGAUUGACCCAAGUAUUUUGCAGCAGACGCUACAGCAGGGCAACUUGCUCAGUCAGCAGCUGCCGGGGGAGCCCGGCCUGGCCUCCCAAAACGGCGCCUUGCAGACACAGGACAGCACGGUCCCGGCCAGUGUCGUCAUCCAGCCCAUCUCAGGCCUGUCCUUACAGCCCACGGUGACGUCUGCCAGUCUGACCGUCGGCCCGCUGUCUGAGCAGGACCCCGUGAUGACCACCAGCAGCGGGACUCAAGACCUCUCUCAGGUGGUGACGUCGCAAGGCCUGGUAUCCACCUCCAGCGGCCCCCACGAGAUCACCCUGACCAUUAACAACUCGAGUCUGAGCCAGGUGUUGGCGCAGGCUGCCGGGCCCGCUGCCGCGUCGUCCUCCGGGUCCCCGCAGGAAAUCACCCUGACCAUCUCUGAACUUAAUGCUACAACUGGAAGCCUGCCUUCGACGACACCCAUGUCUCCGUCGGCCAUAUCUACUCAGAACCUGGUCAUGUCUUCAUCAGGGGCGGGGGGAGAUGCCAGCGUCACGCUGACUCUGGCCGAUACUCAGGGCUUGCUCUCCGGAGGACUGGACACGGUCACACUCAACAUUGCUUCUCAGGGUCAGCAGUUCCCAGCCUUACUCACGGAUCCCUCGCUCUCCGGCCAAGGGGGGGCGGGCUCCCCACAGGUCAUCUUAGUGAGCCACACCCCCCAGCCCUCCUCCACUGCUGGCGAAGACAUCACCUACCAGGUCACUGACGUCUCUGCCGGCCUGGCCCAGGGCGGGCCGCCCGAGAAGGAGGCCCGGCUGCACCAGUGCGUGGAGUGUGGCCGUGGCUUCGCGUCGGCCGCCAUGCUGCUGCAGCACAGCAAGGAGGUACACGGCCGGGAGCGCAUCCACGUGUGUCCCGUGUGCAGGAAGGCCUUCAAGCGCGCCACUCACCUCAAGGAACACAUGCAGACGCACCAGGCCGGCCCUUCCCUCAGCUCCCAGAAGCCCAGAGUGUUCAAGUGUGACACCUGUGAGAAGGCGUUCGCCAAGCCCAGCCAGCUGGAGCGGCACAGCCGUAUCCACACAGGGGAGCGGCCGUUCCACUGCACGCUCUGCGAGAAGGCCUUUAACCAGAAGAGCGCGCUGCAGGUGCACAUGAAGAAGCACACGGGCGAGAGGCCCUACAAGUGUGACUACUGCGUCAUGGGCUUCACCCAGAAGAGUAACAUGAAGCUGCACAUGAAGCGGGCGCACAGCUACGCCGGAAGCGUGCAGGAGCCCGUGGCCCCGCAGGAGCCCGGAGCGGAGGAGCUGAGCCGCACCCUCCAGCUGGAAGACGUGGUGCAGGAGGCCGCGAGCGAGUGGCAGGCCUUGGCCGGUGUGUUCUGA